AUGAUUAGCUCAUUAAAAUUCAGCUUUACUCUACUUCUAUUGAUUUCUACAAUGCAUAUGUUUUGGUGUUAUCCUGUUACACCUUCUAAGGUGUCUGGAAAAUCUGAUUACUUUCUCAUCCUGUUGAACAGCUGCCCAACCAGGAUGGACAGGAGAGAGGGACUAGAUUUUCUAAAGCCCAUUUUUGAGAAAACGUUUAUGAAAAGGUCCUUUCGCAAUGGAGUUGGCACAGGAAUGAAAAAAACUUCCUUUCGAAGAGCAAAAUCAUGA